GAGAUGGAGCAAGAGGACGAGGUUCUGAGCCAGUGGCAGGCAGCUCAGCACCAGUUCGCAGAGGAUACUGAGGAGUCAAUGUGCGUGCUGGACAUGUCUCCAUCUCCCAGAAGCAGUGGAGUGCACACCUCUUGGAACCAUGGUCCAUCGGGCAUUCAACACAUUCUGCAGUGUCCACAACUGGAGAGGAUCCCCUUGGUUUCUGCUGAGGCGCCGAAGCAGAAUGCGAAUGAAAUGGGCCCACCUUUCGGUGUGUUGCUGCCUGAGCAUGGUGUGAACUACUGCCCCCAAGUGACUCUCCCUCCUUCCCAAAUGAUUUGUUGUCCGGGGAUGUCUCCCUCCCAACCAGCAAUGAGGAUUUUUAAGGGGCCCCAGAUGAUGUCCUUCGGAGAGCCCAACAUUCCAGGGGUGGCCAUGACCUUCAGGGGGAACCUAAGGAUGCCCUCCAAUGGGCCACCAGACACAGGUCCCAGUGGAAUCCCAAUGAUGUCCCACAUUAGCGUUCCAACAAUGCCCUAUUCAUGCCACCCAGCAACACCUUCUAAUAGAGACUCUUUGACACCUAAAAUGUUAUUGGCCCCCACCAUGCCUUCUGCUGAGGACCAGGCAGUGCUCCCCUCUUUGGCUCAGAUAUUGCCCCCUAGAGAGCCCCACAACUGCCGAAUGCCCCCAACUGGGUCCCCAUCACUGCUGGCUUUCGAAUCCCAGGACUCUUUUGUUAGCCAGCCAGCUCCUCAGGAAGACCCCUUCCUACCUGAGCAGCCCAUACCUGCUCCACAAAGAGCAGAGCAGAACUGCAGGGCGCAGGAGAGGGCUCCCAGGAGGAGAUCUGCAGUUGCAAGGCCUUACUGCUGCCAGUACGAGGACUGCGGGAAAGCUUACACUAAGCGCUCCCACCUUGUGAGUCACCAACGCAAACACACAGGUGAGAGGCCCUAUAAGUGUAUGUGGGAAGGUUGCGCCUGGUCAUUCUUCCGUUCUGAUGAGCUUGGACGACAUAUGCGGAUACACACCAGAUACAGACCGCAUAGAUGUGAUCAGUGUGGCCGACAGUUCAUGAGAUCUGACCACCUCAGGCAACACCGAAGGAUUCAUCUGCGGGUGCCAGGGUCCCCCAGUCCACAGGCCAACGAUGGACAGAUGGCUGGUCCUCCUGCUUCUGGUCUUUAG